UCGAUAAACCCCCAGCGUCAACAGCAAGUAGCAACCAUCACCAAACUCAGUUCACAGAUCGCACUCAAAGACAGACAAAGAAACCCUGCUACUGCUACUGCUACUUUUAACGAGCUAGCUAGGGUUUCAUUUGACACGCUGUGAACAAUCCAACGAUUCUGGCUAUGGAAUGCUGAUUGUCCAUUCUAUCGCUCAACCAAAUCGAUCUUCGAUUGUCUUUGGCAGAACAAUCUGGUGGAACCAAUACCACAACAGAUCAUAUGAAACCGUCGUCGUCGACGAAGGUUCUUCUUCUGCUCUCUCUGCUUCUCUUCACUUGCUCCACCUUCGUUCUCUCCGAGGAUUCCAAGAAGAAUGCCUUCCGGGAGCGAGAAGCCACCGAAGACUCCCUCUCAUACCCCGAAAUAGACGAGGAUGCUCUAGUUAAUUCAAAAUGCCCUAAGAAUUUGGAGCUAAGAUGGCAAACGGAAGUUAGUUCCAGCAUCUAUGCAACCCCUUUGAUUGCUGAUAUUAACAGUGAUGGGAAGCUCGAGAUAGUGGUCCCCUCUUUUGUUCACUACCUUGAAGUUCUGGAAGGUGCUGAUGGGGACAAAAUGCCAGGCUGGCCUGCUUUCCACCAAUCAACUGUGCAUUCUACUCCUCUUCUAUAUGACAUAGACAAAGAUGGGGUAAGAGAAAUAGCUUUGGCGACCUACAAUGGUGAAGUGCUGUUUUUCAGGGUAUCCGGCUAUAUGAUGUCAGAUAAGCUGGAGGUCCCACGUAGGAGAGUGCUAAAAAAUUGGUUUGUGGGCUUGAAUUCUGACCCAGUGGAUCGUUCCCAUCCGGAUGUUCAUGAUGACCAAAUUGUCCAAGAAGCUACUGUCAUGAAUUCUCUCUCUCAAAUGAAUGCAAGUACACACGGAGUCAACUCUACAGCUGCCACAUCAACAGAAAGUCACCUUGGCACAAAAAAUGUGUCUAAUCCAGAGCCUGAAAAGAAAAUAAAUGGAAGUCAAAUAGAGGAGAAUAUUAAGAUGCCAACAAUUGCUGAUAAUUCCUCCGCGAAUGCUGGGUCUGUGGAAACUGUUAAUGCAGAUAAUAACACCAGCACUGGAAGACGUCUGCUGGAAGAUAACAACUCAAAAGGAGCAGAGCAAGGUGCUUCUGAAUCCAAAGAUAAUGAGGGUAUGCAUGCUGCAACUGUGGAAAAUGAUGAAGGCCUGGAAGCAGAUGCUGAUUCGUCUUUUGAGUUAUUCCGCAAUAGUGAUGAACUGGCUGAUGAGUAUAGCUAUGAUUAUGAUGAUUAUGUUGAUGAAUCAAUGUGGGGUGAUGAAGAAUGGACUGAAGUUAAACAUGAGAAACUAGAGGAUUAUGUCCUUGUUGACUCACACAUCUUGUGCACUCCUGUCAUUGCUGAUAUUGACAAUGAUGGUGUAUCAGAAAUGGUUGUUGCCGUUUCUUAUUUCUUUGACCAUGAGUAUUAUGACAACCAGGAGCAUAUGAAAGAACUGGGUGAUAUUGACAUUGGGAAAUAUGUUGCUGGUGCUAUUGUUGUUUUUAAUCUGGAUACAAAACAAGUUAAGUGGACUGCAGAACUUGAUCUGAGUACUGAUACUUCAAACUUCCGAGCCUACAUAUAUUCUUCUCCUACUGUUGUAGAUUUGGAUGGUGAUGGGAAUUUGGACAUUCUUGUUGGAACUUCUUAUGGCCUGUUCUAUGUGUUGGAUCAUCAUGGUAAGGUUAGAAUGAAAUUCCCUCUUGAAAUGGCCGAGAUUCAAGGAGCUGUGGUUGCAGCCGAUGUUAAUGAUGAUGGGAAAAUUGAGCUAGUUACUGCUGAUACACAUGGAAAUGUUGCUGUAUGGACUCCAAAAGGAGAUUUGAUAUGGGAAAAGCAUCUCAAGAGUCUUAUUCCACAGGGUCCAACUGUUGGUGAUGUUGACGGGGAUGGCCAUACUGAGCUCAUUGUGCCAACCAUAUCUGGGAAGAUUCAUGUUCUUGAUGGCAGGGAUGGGUCAUCUAUUGGGCGGUAUCCAUAUCAAACUCAUGGAAGAGUGAUGAAUCAAGUUCUUAUAGUUGAUUUAAGUAAACAUAAGGAGAAAAAGAAGGGAUUGACUAUUGUUACCACUUCAUUUGACGGUUAUUUGUACCUCAUUGAUGGACCUACAGGCUGUGCUGAUGUUGUUGACAUUGGUGAAACUUCAUAUAGCAUGGUUUUGGCAGACAAUGUUGAUGGUGGGGAUGAUCUUGAUCUAGUUGUCACAACUAUGAAUGGAAAUGUCUUUUGCUUUUCAACUCCCUCUCCUCAUCAUCCCCUUAAGGCAUGGAGAUUGCCUAAUCAAGGAAGAAAUAAUGUUGCAAAUCGGCACAGUCGUGAAGGUAUCUAUAUUACUCAUCCUUCCAGGGCAUUCCGUGAUGAGGAAGGCAAGAGCUUUUGGGUGGAAAUUGAGAUUGUAGAUAAUUACAGAUACCCAUCUGGGUAUCAAGGACCAUACAAUGUCACUAUUACCUUGCUAGUUCCUGGUAAUUACCAAGGAGAGAGAACGAUAAAACAGAACCACACCUAUUAUCAACCUGGUAAACAACGUAUUAAGCUGCCAACUGUGGGAGUAAGGACCACUGGAACGGUUUUGGUUGAGAUGGUUGACAGGAAUGGACUAUAUUUCUCUGAUGAUUUCUCCCUUACAUUCCAUAUGCACUACUAUAAAUUGUUGAAGUGGUUACUUGUUCUUCCAAUGCUUGGGAUGUUUGGCGUGCUUGUCAUCCUUCGGCCACAAGGCUCAGUGCCAUUGCCAUCAUUUUCGAGGAACACAGAUUAGUGAUGAUUACUUUGUUUCAUGCCAAGCCAUCAAUGAGUGAGUUCAAGAAAAUGUGAAUAUUUUUUAUGUCAAAUUGGGUAGAAUCUAGUACUGUGUAUGCCUUGGUGCUGCGGUGGGCUUUGAUCACGUAGUUAAAGCAGAUAUUUGAUAAGCUAAAGUAUUUUUGUUCAAUUAAAUUAAGUUUAGGUUUUGUUCAGAGAUGGAGACUGCAACACAGUGAAUGAGAUCUGGAUAUCGGGAUUUUGCCCUUGAUCUUGUAGUGUAGUGUAAUCUAAUACUGAAAAGUUUUAUUGAACUAAAUAUUUCUUUGGCAUCUUUAUAACAAGGAAUAUAUAUUUAUAAUAAGGGAUAUAUUUUUCUUA